AUGGACAAACGUUCAAAAAAUUUGCCCAAAUUUGGGGCAGCAAAAAUUUCGUUUACUCCAAAUUUAGGCUAUAAAAGAAUUGUAGCCAAGGAUUCAGAUCAACUAUCCAAGGUUGAGGUCAAAGUUGAACAUGAUGCUAAUUCAAAUGCUCAAUUACCAUCAACACAAAAACAAAAAAAAACUAAAGAAAGAUCUACAACUCAGAUACAAAGUGUGUUUUCCAACAUGAGUUCAACAAGCCAAGGUAGGUCAGGUUCAUCACGAAUGGGAUCAUCAUCUGGUUUUCGAUCUUAUUCAAAUCAUGGUAGUUUUAACAGUUCAGGAUCUUAUGUAAAAAAAGAAGCUUGUCAAAGCAUACAACAAAUGCAAAUGUUUGAAAAUAAUCAAUUUGAUAUGGAUGACCCAAUGGAUGAGGUUCAUGGACCAGUUCGAUUACCUUUUAUAAGAAAAGAUAGGAUACCACAAAUUAAGUCAGAAAUUAAUCUAGAAUAUCCAUACCAGAAGAAUAUUUAUCCUUCAUUAAAUGAAUUAAUUUCUCCUGAAUUAUUAAUUACUUUGCAGUUCUACGACAGUUCAUUUAGUAUUCAACCAAAGACUGCAAAUAAUAAUCUAAGCAAAAAUUAUAACAAUGAUCAAAUACCUGUUGAAUUAAAACCAGAAACACCUAUAAAAAUGGAAUAUAACGGCCAUUUAAAAUCUGAAAAUGAUUCAGAAGCUGUUUUUAAGACAAAACCAAUAGGUAAAGUUCAAUAUUAUAGAUCCGGACGUGUUGUUUUAAUCUUUAAUAAUAAAAGAUAUGAAUUGUUAAAAGCCAAUGAGGACAAACAUCACAAGGAAUUAUUUAGUCUUACUAAGAUUGAAGAAGCCGAAAGACCGGAUAAACUAGUAAGCUUAGGAACAAUACCUCUACGAUUAAAAGCUGUUUUGAAUAUUAAUAAUAUAAUUGAGCACUUUAUAACAAAUCAUUAG